ACGGUUGGUUGGGAGUUACGUUGACAGAUCACUUCGUGAAGUCGUGAAUAAGUGCAACGUAGUUCUGUGCUAAAUAAGUUCAAGAUGCCUUCGAGCGAGACUACCGUAAAAAUGAACGGGAUGUCGGACCGCCCAAAAAUGCCCGCGUGGGAUGUGAAAGACGAUGUUGUGCUCAGCGGAAUAUCUGGAUACUUCCCCCAGUCCGAUGGUAUCGAGGAGUUCCAAGAAAAACUGUACAAAGGCGAAGACAUGGUAACCAACGAUGAGAUGCGAUGGCCGCGCGGAAUCCUCGGCUUGCCCGAACGAGCUGGGAAAAUCAAAGACCUUUCCCGCUUCGAUGCGCAAUUCUUCGGCGUCCACCCGAAACAAGCCCACUUGAUGGAUCCUCAACUCCGGCUCUUCCUUGAAACCGCUUACGAAGCGAUCGUGGAUGCUGGAUACGAGCCGUCGACUCUCAGAGGAAAAAAAAUCGGAGUGUUCAUCGGAGCCUCGGAGUCCGAAUCCGAUGAGGCUCUCAACGUUGACACCGAUGAAAUCAAUGGAUACUCUCUCGUCGGUUGUUGUCGUGCCAUGUUCGCCAAUCGAAUUUCGUAUUCUCUCGAUUUCACGGGACCCUCUUACGCCGUGGAUACCGCUUGUUCUUCCGCCAUGACUGCUUUCACCCAGGCCGUCAUUGCCAUCCGAUCGAACCAAUGCGAGGCUGCUAUUGUCGGCGGCUCCACCAUUUGCUUGAAACCAUCCACGGCACUGAACUUCCAUCGGCUCUCCAUGUUGAACCCAGACGGGAUGUGCAGAGCCUUUGACGCCAACGGAAAGGGUUACGUCAGAUCCGAGACCGUUGGAUGCGUCUUCCUGCAGAAGCGCAGCGACAGCCGACGUAUUUAUGCCACAGUUGUGCACGCCAAAGCCAAUGCUGAUGGGUUCAAGGAUGAGGGUAUCACAUUCCCCGGAGGUCAUACGCAAGAAAUCCUUCUGAGAGAAGUUUACAAUGAAGCGAACGUGGACCCGAGCAAGGUGCCCUAUGUGGAAAGCCACGGAACAGGAACGAAGGUCGGAGAUCCUCAAGAAGCUGGAGCCCUAUACAACGUUUUCUGCAAGGGACGUGAAGGUCCGCUCAAGAUCGGAUCCGUCAAAUCGAACUGUGGUCAUUCAGAGGGCGCUUCCGGUAUCUGUUCGCUCGCGAAAAUCAUCACGCUCAUGGAGAGGGGUGUCAUCCCCGGCAACCUCCACCACGAUGUUCCGAACCCCAACAUUCCGUCCCUGCUCGAUGGCUCGAUUCAGGUCGUCACCAAGCCCACACCUUUCGAUGGGGGUAUCGUUGGCCUGAACUCUUUCGGUUUCGGAGGAGCCAACGCUCACAUCAUCCUCAAGUCGCACGAUGGAGAACAUAUCGGAGCCGUCGUCCGGGAGAAAGCUAACAUCCCACGUCUGGUGCUGACCUGCGGAAGGAGCGAAGAGAGCCUCGGAGCUGUCCUCGAGAAGCUCUCCACCAAGAGGCUUCCCGACGCAUCCUAUGCCCUCCUGAACGAGGUUGGACGCGCACCCACGCAGGUGAUGACUCGUCGAGGUUACGCCAUCAUUCCCCCGAACGGAGAGGCGAUCACAUUCCAAGCCCCAGCCGAAGCCCAGAAAAGACCCCUGUUCUUCGUAUACGCCGGAAUGGGCUCGCAGUGGAACACAAUGGGUCGUCAAAUGAUGGAAUUCGACGUGUUCGCCAAGUCCAUCAGGAAAUCUCACGAGCUGCUCAAGCCGUUCGACAUCGAUCUCCUCCAAAUUCUCACCGGAGAUCAAAUCGAAAACCCAUCGAUGGUCGUUCCCUUCGUCUCGAUCGCCGCCAUGCAAGUCGCUCUAACGGACUGUCUGUUCGCUUGCGGAAUUCGACCCGAUGGAAUCGUCGGUCACUCGGUCGGAGAGCUCGGAUGCUCAUACGCUGACGGAUGUUUCACCGCGGAGCAGACGGUUCUCGCUGCCUACUGGCGUGGAAAAUGCGUCGAAGUCGCCAACCUGCCAAAGGGUGCCAUGGCAGCCGUGGGUCUGACGUGGGAACAGGCUAAACAGAGAUGCCGAGACGGAGUCGCUCCCGCGUGCCACAACAGCGAGGACUCGGUCACGAUCACCGGUCCCGCGGAAGCAGUGUCCAGCAUCUGCGCCGAGCUGAAGGCUGAGAACAUCUUCGCCAGAGAGGUCAACUCGCAUGACGUGGCUUUCCACUCCGUCCAGAUGGAACAGAUCGCGCCGUCGCUUCUGGCUGCUCUGGAGAAAGUCGUAUUGGUGGCCAAACCCCGAUCGGCCCGCUGGAUCUCGUCGUCGAUCCCCGAGAGCCGCUGGGGAGAAGGCAUCGCCAAGACCUGUUCUGCCAGUUAUCACGUCAACAAUCUCGUCUCCCCCGUUCUGUUCAAAGAAGCUCUCGAGCUGGUCCCUGAAAAUGCGAUCUGCGUCGAAAUCGCUCCGCACGCGCUCCUGCAGGCCAUUCUGAAGCGAGCGCUCAGCUCCAAGAGCGAUACCAUCGGUCUGAUGAAGCGAAACGCGGACAACUUCGUCACUUUCCUGACAGCCCUCGGAAAACUGCACACUCUGAACGUGGACGUCGACGUUUCGGUGCUCUUCCCCAAGGUUGAGUAUCCCGUUCCGAGAGGAACGCCGCAUCUCUCGCGGUUCGUCGCGUGGGACCACGCGCUCGAAUGGCGAGUGUGCAAAUGGGACGAGUUCGAAUCGUUCGGGAAAUCCGUCGAAGACAUCACCGAUGUCGACAUUUCGAACGAGGAGAGCAACGAAAAAUACAUCGAAGGACACAGGAUCGACGGCCGAGUCUUGUAUCCGGCCACCGGUUACAUGAUCCUGGCUUGGAAGGCGCUGGCCAAACGUCGUGGCGCGCAGUGGCUCGACAUGCCGGUCGUGUUCGAGAACGUCAAUUUCCACCGAGCGACGAUUCUCCCGACAACCGGUAGCGUGAAAUUGUGCCUGAACAUGAUGGGCAACAGCGGUCAGUGGGAAAUCACCGAAGGGGGAACCGUGGCCGCCUCCGGUCGCGUCUACGCUCCCGAGAACCCGAACUUCUUGGACUCGAACAUUCCCCAAGAGCCCGACACCAUUCAAUACGAACUGUCCGCCAACGAUAUCUACAAGGAGCUCAGUCUGCGAGGCUACGAAUACCACGGAAUGUUCAGAGGUGUCACGAAAGCCGACAUCAAAGAACCCUUCGGGAAGCUCAAAUGGGAAGGGAACUGGGUGACUUUCCUCGACACCAUGCUCCAGUUCACCAUCAUGGGGAGCAAGUACAGAACCCUCAAUCUGCCGGUCCGACUCACCCAGUGCCGCGUCGAUCCUCAGCACCACGCCAAGGUCGUCCGGGGCGACAUCGAUGAACUGACGGUCUACUACGACAAGGAUAUGAACACCUGCUAUUCGGGUGGAGCGGUGAUCAAAGGUCUGAAGGCGAACGUCGCUCCCAGACGGAACGCGCAAGCCGCUCCGUUCCUCGAGGAAUAUCACUUUACGCCGAACAGCGUUGAAUCAAAGGACGAAGAUACCGAGGAAUACGCCGCGGCUUGCAGUACGCUGAUGGGUACGCUCGACAAAGCCGGACUAGACAAAACGGCGGUCAUGAACGGUUUGGGCGCGGUCGCGUCGUCGAUUGUCGAGAAGCACCUCGCCGAGAACGAUCAAGGCUCCCUUUUGAAACUCCUGAACGACGUCCUCGGACGGGUGAAGAACGGAGAACCGGCGAAGGAAUGCCUCAAGGAGACGCUGGAGGCUCGUCGCACCCAACUCGAGACGGACACUCUCAACUCUGCUCUCUGGAACGAGAAGUAUCUCCGGCCCUUGUUGGACCUGGUGAUCGAGAACACGAGCGGCAAGAAGCUCCGCGUGGUCGAGAUCGGCUCCGACCGAAGCGUCAUGGGCGGCAAGGUCGCCGAAAACAUAAACCUGAGCCACAUCGGGUAUUCGAUCGAUUAUACCGCCGUACACCCGAACCCCGCCGAUUUCGAUGAGGGUGUCCUUCCCGAGGGCGCGAAAACCGCCGCCUGGGACUUCAACUCGGACUUGACCGCGCUGCCCGUGGAGAACGACCUCCUGGUUCUCAAGAACAUCGGUGUCGACAGCUCCCGUCUCUCAGGCCAUCUGCAAAAAGUCAGCGGUCUUCUGAAAUCUCGAGGGUUCCUGCUCGUCAACCAGCGUCUCGCGAUCACACCGUCGGAGAAAGCUCUGAACGCGAUUGUGGACCUCGGAAUCAAAACGCUGAAAGCCGCCGACCUGAAAACCGCCAUCAAGAACAGCGGUCUCGAGCUGAUCGCAUCCCGAGCCAGCAGCCUUUCUAUAACACUCCUCGCCAGGAAAAUCGAGAAAUCAAGCAGCGGCAAGCAUGCCGUCAUCAAGGUCAAGAGCGGGGACUACAGCUGGGUCGAAUCUCUCAAGAACACCCUGCAGGAGUACGAGGGCAAACCCCAAGAUGACAACGUCUGGAUCGUGGCCGAAGACGUCGGUGACAGUGGAAUAGUCGGCCUCGUCAACUGUUUGCGGCAUGAAGUCGGCGGGUCACACGUCCGAGCUGUUUUCAACGCUUCUCGAACUUCCGUCAAUAAGAUCCCGGAGUUCUCUUUCGACAACGCGAUCUACAAGGAAAUCGUCGCGAAGGACCUCGUCAUGAACGUUUUCCAAGACGGAGAAUGGGGAACGAUGCGUCACUUCUCGUUGAGCUCUCUCGGCAAGGAACUCAACUACGUGUCGACCGAACACGCUUUCCUCAACGUCCAGACCAAAGGAGAUCUCAGCUCUCUCAAGUGGUACCAAUCGCCCAUCAACUACAAUCCCCCAACCGCGGACAGUAUCCUGUGCAGCGUUUACUUCGCUCCGCUCAAUUUCCGUGACAUCAUGUUGGCGACCGGGAAGCUUCCUCCCGACGCUCUCCCUGGAGAUCUCGCCGUUUCGGAUUGCGUGCUCGGCCUCGAGUUCUCGGGUCGAGACCCCAAGGGCCGACGGGUCAUGGGUCAGAUCCCUGCCGAGGGCUUGGCCACUUCGGUUCUCGUGGAUCCCGUGUUCUUGUGGGAGGUGCCCGACGCGUGGACUCUCGAACAGGCGUCCACGGUGCCCGUAGCCUAUUCGACCGCGUAUUACGCUCUGGUGAUCCGAGGCAGACUACGCAAGGGCGAAGCGCUCCUGAUCCAUUCCGGCUCGGGAGGUGUCGGUCAAGCGGCGAUCAGCAUAGCUCUCAGCAUGGGUUGCACAGUUUACACGACUGUGGGGACUCAGGAGAAACGGGAGUUCCUCAAACGUCGUUUCCCUCAACUCAAGGACGAAAACUUCGCGAACUCGAGAGAUCUCUCUUUCGAAAAACACAUCAUGGCUCAAACCUGUGGACGUGGAGUCGAUCUCGUGCUGAACUCUCUGGCCGACGAGAAGCUCCAGGCAUCGGUCCGCUGUCUGGCGAACCACGGUCGCUUCUUGGAGAUCGGAAAGUUCGAUCUCAGCAACAAUUCCGCCCUGGGCAUGGCGAUCUUCUUGAAGAACAUCACCUUCCACGGAAUUCUCCUCGACGCGCUCUUCGGUAACGAUCCCUUCGUCGCGCACGAAAAACUGGAAGUCGUCCGACUCGUUACGGAAGGAAUUAAGUCCGGAGCGGUUCGACCGCUCGAUGCACACGUGUUCGACAAGGACGACACCGAAGAAGCUUUCCGAUUCAUGGCUUCCGGAAAGCACAUGGGCAAAGUCGUCGUCAAGGUGCGAGACGAGGAGAAACAGAAAGUCACCAAGCCCGUCCCGAUGACCAUCAAGGCGGUCACUCGCACCGGAUUCUCAGACAGGAAAGUCUUCAUCAUCACUGGUGGAUUGGGAGGUUUCGGUUUGGAGCUGGCAGACUGGCUCGUGACGCGCGGAGUGCGCUCUCUCGUCCUGACGUCGCGAUCGGGUGUCCGAAACGGAUAUCAGAAAUACGCCCUGCACAGGUGGCAGAAAGCCGGCGCCAAGGUCUGGAACCUCUCGCACGAUGCUUCGACGCUCGACGGCGCGAAGAAGCUCAUCGCCGAAUCGAUAAAACUCUCGGGUCAACCGGUCGGCGGCGUUUUCAAUCUGGCCAUGGUUCUCCGCGACGCUCUGAUCGAAAACCAAACCACGAAGGACUACGAAGCUGUUUGCGCUCCGAAAGUUGAAGGGACCAAGAAUCUCGAUGCUGUCUGCCGCAAAGAAUGUCCCGAACUCGACCACUUCGUCGUGUUCUCUUCGGUCUCAUGCGGACGAGGAAACGCUGGACAGACGAACUACGGUUACGCCAACUCUGUCAUGGAGCGCAUCUGCGAACGCAGAGCCGCUGAGGGUCUUCCCGGGCUUGCCAUCCAAUGGGGAGCCAUCGGCGAUGUCGGAGUUAUUCUCGAGACCAUGGGCGGCAACGAAACCGUCGUCGGAGGGACCCUCCCGCAGAGGAUUCAGUCUUGCUUCGCCGUCAUGGACCAGUUCCUUUCUCAGAAACAUCCGGUCGUGUCAUCAAUGGUGAAGGCAGAUAUCGCUAAGAAGGGUGCCGGAGGCAAAUCAGCCGAUCUGGUGGGCGCCGUCGCCCACGUUUUGGGUGUCAAGGACGCAACGAAACUCAACCCCAACACGACGCUUGGAGAACUCGGCAUGGAUUCCCUGAUGGGGGUCGAAGUCAAGCAACUCUUGGAGCGCGAGCUCGAUCUCAGCUUGUCCAUGCAAGAGAUUCGAAGCCUGAACAUGAACAAGAUACAGGAGCUCCAAGGCGGUGCUUCCGCGCCAGAAGCCGCUCCCGCUCCCAGCAAGACGGACAGCGCUCCCGCACAGCAGGAAGGAGCCACAGCUGAAGUUCCCAAGGUCCCCCUGAAGAAGCAACUCGUUGCAAGCGAUAGACUCGUCAAGAUGAACUCCAUCAAAACGAACAGCGAACCGAUUUUCAUUCUGCAUUCCAUCGAAGGCGAUGUGGACAACCUGACAGAACUGGCCGCAAAACUCAAGAGAUCUGCUCUCGGCAUUCAGAGAACCAGGGACGUCAAACUCGAGUCGAUCGAGCACAUCGCUGUUUCCUACCUGCCGACGAUCAUCGAGCAACAGCCCAAGGGACGACCUUUCCACAUACUCGGAUAUUCUUUCGGAGCCUCGGUCGCCUUCGAGAUCGCCUGUCUGCUGCAGAAACAAGGCCACAAGGUCCAAACCCUGACCCUUCUCGAUGGCGCUCCGACCUACAUCGCAGUCCACACAACCAUACACAAAGCCAAGUUCGACAAGAACCGAGACAUCAAUGAAGAGGAAGCCAGCGCUCUCUGUGCUUUCCUCAUGCAGUACAUGGACAUCGACUUCAUCAAGUUGAAGUCGGAGCUUGCGCAACUCUCGGGCUGGGAGCCGAGACUGGCGAAAGCCACGAACGUUCUCCUGACGUGUGAGAAAUUCAACAACAAGGAAAAGCCUUCCAAGGAUCAGGUCAGGAUCGCUGCCAGGGCGUUCUACGACUUCCUUCUCUGUGGCAACCAUUACAAGCCUAACCACAAAUUCGACGGUGACGUCACGCUGGUGAAAGCCUCCAAGCUCAGGAAAAUGGCUAUGACUCUGCCGGAAGAUUACGGUGUUGGGUCAUGCAUCACCGGAAAAGUGACGAUGCAUAUCGUCGAAGGUGUUCAUGAGAGCUUCAUUCUCGGAAAGGGAGCCGACGCUUGCGCGAAAAUUGUCAAUCAAGUUAUCAAUUGAGUCGGCUCGCUGACUCCCGCAGUCGCUUCAAAUCGUUCAGGUAGAUAGGAACCCCUCGUUCAAGCCGCUCAAGAACUUCUCAAGAAGCAUCCCCGGCGACCGCUCUCUGCCGGGACAUCAGGGAGUGGAAUUCGAGUCGUUCUCCGAACAACCGACCGACCAGCCAACCAACCAACCAACCAACCAAACAAUCUCCAGUGUUCGGGGACAUCGAGCUCACCCGUUGGUCUCCCGGCUAAUCUCGCCGUCGUUCAGCUUCCAGUGAUGCUGUUGUACAUGACGGUCAAAUAAAAAUCUCUUAUUUUCGAUUAUUGUUA